GAAAAUCAUAACUAUUAUGGAAAGAAAAAAAUAUUAGAAAAAUUUUAUUUAAAUUUUAUAGUAAAAAUCUAAUAAAAAUUUUAUUAUUACAUUGUCAAUUAAAGUUAUUGCAUUUGAUAUUAUUCAAUUGACAUCAUUGCAACUUACCGCUACGUCGUCAGCAGCAUCAACAUGCUAAUUGUCAAAAUAACGUAAAUCCAACUUAAUAAAAAACAACAACAAUGACAAAACUUAUGGCUACACAAUAAGUGAACUGAAAACAAUAACAAAAUUAAACGAAAAUUGAACCCAAAUAUAUUUGCUGGCAGAGGUCAAACUUUCAAUUGAUAUAAAACAUAAACGUCAACGUAAUUAAGACGCACAAUUUAAUCAUAGUUUUUAUAAACGCCAUCGCAUCAACAAAUAAUAACAAAAAACAACAAAUAAAAACAAAACAUAACUGAAAGUGUUAAUAUAUUAAAAACUUGCAAUUAAAAUUAAUACACAAAAAAAAAACUAUAAGGACGCUAUCAUCAUUUCUGCAUUUGCUAUUGAGACAAUAUUUAUUUACUUUGUUCAUUUUUAUUUAUCCGAGCUGCGCAGAAAUGCUGCUGCGUCUCCGCUUAAUAUGUCUUUAUUUGUUUUCCAUGCUCGUGACUCAGGUACGCAUGGAUGAGCAAAAGCUCAUAUGCAAUACGAUUGACAUAAAAAAAACAGAAGAUUUCGAACGCUUGCACAAAUGCAACAUAAUUGUAGGUCACAUUAGCAUUACCAACGUGCAAAUACCAGCUGUUAUAACGCCGACUGAUAUAGAAGAAAUUACUGAUUAUUUGUUAGUGUACCGUGUACAUGGCUUGGAAAGCUUGCGUUCGCUUUUUCCGAACUUGGUUAUUAUACGCGGCAAAGAUUUGCUUUUCGACAAAUACGCUUUGAUUAUUUAUGAGAAUUUGAAAUUAUUGAAUUUGGGUCUGGUAUCACUGCUGCGCAUACAGCACGGCGACGUACGCAUCGAAUCGAAUCCUUUGCUUUGUUAUACGCACACAGUGAAUUGGCUGCACAUAUUGGGCAAUAACACAAAGCAGCAUUACGUCCUGAAGAAUAAUAAACCACCCAGCUUUUGUGCAAUCUGCAUCUUAGUGAAUAAGAAACCAGAAACGGAAGAAGAAGCAGAAUUUCAACCAAACUGUUGGGACUUUGAAGUACCACAGAACAAGUUAAGGAAUAUUAGUUAUAAUUCUAGAGAAUGUCCAACAAAAUGUGGUUUCGAUGCAUGUACAAUAACUGGAAACUGCUGUAGUCGCGACUGUUUAAGUGAUUGUUCGACGAAUGCUUGUUCCUUGUGCGCCAACUUUAUGAUAGAUGGGAAAUGCACAGACGCCUGUAAUCCACCAUAUUAUCAAUUCAACAAACGUUUGUGUAUAGGAAGCGAUGACUGCCGUUCAAAGGGAAUGAUCCCAUUUGCCGGUAUUUGUACAAAAAACUGUCCAAAAAACUAUCAAGAAAUAAAAACAUCGAAUGGUCAACGUAGUUGUACAUUGAAUUGCACAGGAAAUUAUGUAGUCGAAACCGUUGAGGGGUUGGAAACCUUACGAGACUGUAAAACACUACAUGGCUCUCUAACGAUUCAAUUAAGUGAAACUAAAAGCAAGAUUGUAAACCAUUUAGAAGAAGUAUUUAUGAAUUUAAAGGAAAUUACAGGUUACUUGAAAGUAACCCAUUCUCCACAGAUAGUCUCGCUAAGUUUUCUACGUAAUCUUCAUAGCAUCGGAGGGAAUGUACUCAUAGACAAUCACUAUGCGCUUUACAUCGUUAACAACAUUCACAUGGAAAAUAUUUGGUCUCACAAUCAAAAAGUUGCUAUCCUCAAAGGCUUUAUCUACAUUCACCUAAAUCCACGCUUAUGCUUUGAAAAAAUUCUCCAAUUAAAAUCAUCAUUAAAACAGGAGCAGAAGAUUACCAUACAACAUUCAUCUCCAAACUCCAAUGGAGAACGUAUUGUAUGCGGCGAAGGAGUACAGGUCUUAAACGCAACUGUGGAAGACUUCAACGCCACUGCAGCGCGGAUAAAAGUUGAUAUCCGUUCAGUAGAAGACAUGAAUGUUCUUUUAGGUUAUGUGCACUAUUACAAAGAGGCACCGGUGAGGAAUGUCAGUAUGUAUGAUGGGCGACAUGGUUGUGGGCGUGAUCAUUGGAACACGGAUGUGACAAUCAAUAGAAAUAUUAGGCAUGUUAUAAAAAAUUUAAAACCUUACACACAAUAUGCAUAUUUUGUAAAAACGUUGAGUAUUAUUGAGUUUCAUUGGCAAAUUGAGGCUUAUUCAAAAAUACAAUACUUUCGCACAUUACCAAGUACACCGGGACCAGUGGGCGUCAUAUUCUAUCAUUCCUUAACAACAACUGAAUUGGUACUACAUUGGUGGCCACCCAAAAAUCCCAAUGGAGUUAUUAACAAAUAUAUGAUAUACUAUGAAAAAGUAAAGGAAAAAAUUCUUGGUGAAACUGUUAAGAAUUUCACUGCAUCUAUUAAGUCAAAACCUAAAGCACCAGAUUGCAUUUGCAUGAAUUUGGAUACCGAAAACAGUGGUGCAGUUCCAAAUGAAGAAAAUUUCUACAAUAAAAAUGAAUUAACUUACGAUGAAGCUCUAUCAAAUUUUGUCUACGUUUCUCGAGCCAGUACUGGCACAAACAAAUCAUUCUGCAUAAAGAAACCAAAGAACACCACAGAAGAGUUAAAUGAAAUCUUACCAGUAAAUGCUACCCAAAAUAGUACAUCAUCCAAAAGUGCAGAUAUCAAUGAUAAGAUGAACGCCAAACUUGGAACAGAGCGCCUGCUUAACUAUAGCCGUGAAUUGGAAUUAAAAUCACUUGCUGAACAAGACACUGGAAUUGCGGACUACCUUAUAAUGAAGCCAUUACCUAUCUGCAAUUUACCCUUUGCCACGGUGCAGCAUCAAUUGGAGAACUCUUGCAAGCCACAAGAAUAUUACGAAGGCUUUUCCGUAGCUGGCAAUUAUCACUCAUACAUUUUGACUGGUCUGCAACCGGAAGUAACAUAUCGCGUAUCUGUACGUGCUUGUGUGGAGGGUUUGAGAAAUGCCUGUGGACCGACUAGUUCUAUAUUAGCUGAAACUGUUAGCAAAAGUUUAGCUAAUUUCUUUAAGCAAUUAAAAUUGUACUGAUUUGUGGAUAAUAAUGAUGAUAACAUCAUUAUCUAGUAACAUUUUUGCACUAGCUCAAAUGAUUUUACUUCACCAUUUCCUAAUUAGUAUAUAAUAAUGUUUUUAUGUUUUAAA